AUGAGACCCAACUUUGAUUCUAGAGUAAGGGGGAGAAUGAAUUGUUAUAAUUGCGGAAGACAGGGACAUAUGGUCAGAGAUUGCCAAGAAACGAAAUGUUUUGAAUGUGGAAAAUAUGGACAUAUAGCCACGUUUUGUCCAGGAAGACGUGAUAAGCUGCGAUGUGCAAGUUGUGGUCAAUUUAGUAACAAUAGGGAAGAAUGCAAUGUGGGUAAUUUCAAAACUAGAGGCUGUUUUCCACAGAGGGACAUGGGGCAAAGUGCUCCAAAUGUUAGAAUUAUAGAAAGUGAAAAAAAUAAAGAGGUAGAAAUACCAUUUUUGGCUGUGAAUAAAGAGCAGAAUAGAAUCUGUUUCCGUUGCCAGAAGGAAGGACAUGGGGCGAGAGAUUGCGAGUAUAUGUGA